ACGAGGGGCGGAGCCGAGCCGCGAAGACACCGGCGGCCGCGGCGGGGGCCCGGGAGCGCGGCCCUUCUGGGUGGGACGCGCGUGUCCCCGCGCCGUGCCCUGCGCACUUACCGGCCAGGCGGGGGGACCUGCAGCCGCCGUCCCCAUGGGGCUGUGUCUGCCCUGUCUCGGGGAGCCCGUGCCUCCCUCGCCGGACCCGGAAGAGAAAAGAGCCAAGCUUGCAGAGGCUGCAGAAAGAAGACAGAAGGAGGCUGCAUCUCGGGGCAUUUUGGAUGCUCAGUCUGUGGAACAAAAGAGAAAGCGGAAGGAAAAAAUAGAAAAACAAAUCGCUACAUCUGGGGCUCCACCUGAAGGUGGACUUAGAUGGACCGUUUCAUAAAGGAUAACAUGAGUGAGAGUCUCCUGCCAGUAACUAGUAUCUGCAAUCAAGUGGACAUCCUCCGUUUAACUUAUUCUCUUUGAAUAAAUGGAGAUUUAGUCUUUGUAAUGUUAGUGCCAUUAAACGCAGUGCUCUUUCAGUAUGGAAAUAUUAAACAUGCUUUUGAUUUCCAGACUUAGAAAAUGGCCAGAUCUUUCAUUGAAUACUUACUUUCCUACAUUUGCUUCUUUUGCAAGAGGUGGAUAAUAGUUAAAUUUAAAUAGUGAAUAUAUCUGCAUCGCAUGAGAAGAUUUUGCAUACAUCUCAAAUAUUGAAAUUUACAAUUUCAUUUUUCCUCCUAGCUAUUUAUAGUUGUGCUGCUUAGCCUUAUGUUUCCUUUUGUUUCAUUAUGUAAUGAAGACUUUUGCUUAAACUGUAUGGAUUUAGUGCCUUUAAACUGAUCAUCAGGGAAAAUCUUGAAAAAUCAUUUGAAGGGGUUAUGUGAAGGAACACUGUAAAUUUUUAUAACUUACUAUAAUGAAUAUUUGUAGAAAAGAUUUAAUUUUUCUUAAUUUAUUUUUUACUUGUGUAGCUUUAUAAACUUUAACAGAUAUUUCACAUUAUAAUAAUUAUUUUUGCUUGAGUUUAAAGUUAUAUAUUAGUGUGGUACCAUCAGAGGGCAGUGAUGUGCUGUUGUACAAUAUUAAAUUCAGCUCCAUGGAGAUCUUUAUAGUAACUGAAUGAGUUAAACUAAGAAUCUAGAUGAUCAUACUGACUGGCAAUGUAUUUGUCCAGAUUUCAUAGAUGUUUGUAUUCUUUUGUAUUUAUUAAAAAGUGGUCAUAAGAUUUAUACAGAUAAGCAUUUGCCAAGACAAAUAUAAAUGUAUGAAAGAUAAACGUGAAAGUACUGUAUUUUAAAAGGACUACUUUAAACAUAAAAAUAUUAUGAGGUAAUUCUGUAUGAUGCAUAGUUAUAAACUUUGUAGGUUUCUAUUACUAACAUGAGUUUUAUAGCAUUUUUUAAAAUAUUUGAUUGACUUCAGAGAAGAAGGGAGGGAGACACAUCAAUGAUGAGAGAGAAUCCUUGAUCGGCUGUCUCCUGUAUGCCCUCUACUGGGAAUGGAGCCCGAACUCAGGGCAUGUGCCCUGACAGGGAAUCAAACUGAUCUGGUUCAUAGGUUGAUGCCCAACCACUGAGUCACACCAGCUAGGCGCAUUUUUGUUUUUUGAAUAUUUCUGUUUAAUAUAUAAUGAGCUAAAAUAGAAGAAUCACUGUAUAUUUUAAUGAGCUAUUGUGGUCGCUCUUUUGGAUGGCAAGACUGUAACCUGAGCCCUAUAGUAGAGUCUGCAGCUACUGUCAAUAGGGACAAAAUACACUGAGUGGCCAGAUUACUAUGACCACCCCAUCAGUACAAUGAAGUGAAUUAGUUAUGCAAAUAAUAAUAAUAAUAAUAGAACCUUGAGAGUAUUUGCUUAGGAAGUUUUCAAUAUUCAGUAUUUUUGGAAGUGUCAAUGAAGUACUGAUGGGGUGGUCAUAAUAAUCUGGCCACUCAUUGUAGACCAGCUUAUUUGAUUUACAGAAAGAAAACAGCCCCUGUCUCGCUCAUCCCUACCAUAAGACUUGUGUUAUAUUGCAAUAUAUUGUGUAUGUUAAUUUUAAUGAGUUUGAACUAUAAUAUAGGUCUCUUGACUACUCAUUGGAAAAAUUACCUUUUCUAUUAUGGCAUGAAGUAUUUCAUGAUAUCCAUGCAAACAUAUAGUUAGGCUCAAUUUCCUUCAUCUCUUGGAGGAUUAGUGGUGUUUUUGUUCAUAAAGGAUAGUGAAAUCAUUGAGUUGCAUUUUAGAAAUAAAAUUUUGACUUUAUGAACAUGAUUAACUUUUCCAAGGCCAAAAGGAAAAAGGAUCAUUAACAGCUGAAUGGAUGUAGAACUAGACGUAUCGUCCUUGGACUGUGCAAAUCCAUCAGUUUUAAUACAGAAAGAACAAUUUUAUCUUGCACUACAUCCAAAAGAAUUACCACUUGGGUUAGUGUAAACAAAAGGUCUACAUCUAGGGGAUACUGCCCUAUUUCCAUAUACCACACUUACUUAACUGUUGAACCACACAUGAUAGGCUGGUAUAUUGCUUUAUGGAACAGGGGGAUGUCCUGCUCCAGCCAACCAUGACCUGCCUUCAUGGCUUCCCCAAAACCACCUAAGUUACAUGGGCUAAGGGGUGAUACUCAAAUGUUAGGAAUAGUGUCACGAAGGGGAAGGGAAAGGGGGAGACUAAAUGCCUGAUGGGAAACCUGACUAAAUUACUACUAAAGAAAAUUUGUACACACACGUACAGAUGCAGCCAUGUACAGGGCAUCUCUCAAAGUUAUGCAUCACUUCCUAAUGAAAACCGUAUUUUGGAGCCAAUUUACCAUAAUUCAUAAUUUAAAUAGGGAAACAAUGCUUAAUAUGGCACCCAAACACCCCAACCAAAUUAGUAAAAUGUAAAUGUAACAGUAAAAUGCAUAUGUAACUAUUGUGUUAAAAUGUAAAAUGCCUGAAUCACUGCUUUCUUAUUCUAGUCACCGAACUAUUUAUAUUAGUAUGGCUGGUAACAAAAAGUUGUGUAUUACAUGGCCUCUUUGUUGACACAGUGCAUGAUUUUUUAAAGCAUCUAUAUGUGAGGGACACUUGUUUUGCCGAUUGCGUUUUCCCACACAAUUUUUUGUUAUAAAUUCUGUAUUGCCAUAUAGGAUUAUAAAUAUACAUUUUUUCCCAUGUAAAAA